AUGGCAAUCAUAGGGGAAUCAGCUCCAAAGAUCUGGGCGCAAGAGCGAUACUUCCACAAGGACGUGCAUCAUAUGCAAUUGAAGCAGCACACGCCUAGCAAAUUGCACGUCCGAAAUGGCGCUGAGCAACAUGCAGUGGUCAAAGACGAAGUUUCACCCAAAUCGAGUUCGCAUGCGAGAAGCAACGGAGACUUCGACGAUGUCGAGAAUGUGCAAUCAUUGAUGACACCACGACUUGCAAAGACCGAGCAGCUGUGGGAGGAGGAUCUUUCAGAAAGAAGGUAUGAUAGAGAGGACCGGAACUGUGCCUUGCGAUGA